AUGACCCUGUUGGAGCACCCUGAUGGGACUGUGCCAGAGACCCAAACGCUAGCGCUGCAGUCGUCCCCUCCCGCUGAUGGCUCUUCCCUGGGGCCUGCUGGCCAGGAGGACUGUGCUGAGGACCGGCCUCCCUGCUCUGUGCUGGAUGUGCUCAGCAGCCAUCAGAACCAGCUGGUUCCAGUGGUUCCAGUGGUAGCCAGCCGCCCGAUUCCAAGCCUCCGUUUCUUGCCUGUAGAAUUGGAGCCCUCUGGGCCGCAGGCUGGUGAGCUCUGGUCUGCACAGCCGCAUGGCCUGCUGGGAGGGGUCGCCGCCGAGAUCCUGCACGGGCUCUGGUUCUGGGUGCCCAUCGGGUCAGGACUGCCAUCUCUGGGGGAUGCCCGUCUUGGCGCCCCAACAGAAGAAACACCUAAUGCUUUUUGUUGCAUAGAGUCAGUUGAACGAAUGUUAUACCAGAGGGCCAUCGCGGAUUCAGGUUGUGAAAUAGGCGGUAACUACUCCCGCCAUCAGAAGAGGGGUCUGGAAGGCUUCCCGGAGCAGACAGGCUUCCCCCAGCCACACCUUGGAAAACAGACGUGCAAGUGCCGCAAUCAGCGCCGACAGGAACUCGGAUGCCCCUCGGUUUUGAGCAGCAGAACCUAAGCAACACCACGAUCACAGGCUUCCAGCGGCAUUGGGAAUCACAGUGAAGUGAUACCUACCUGACUUCUGCAAAACACCCAACCCAAACCAGCCCACAGUAUCCAACGGAGAUCAGCAAACGGGCUGCCAUGAACAUAGCAGUUUUCUGCCCUUCAGGGAAAACACAGAUAAUAAAUACAAAUGACACGCAUUUACAAUAGAAGCCACGGGUGGGGCAGCAGUAGGUGAACACAGAGACGUUCACGCUGAGGAAGAUGGAAGAGUGAUGCCUUUCACACACCCGGUCCAGGGGCGGGGGAGCAAAUGAGCUGACCCAGCCACGCGGGAGAAUGCGAUUGCUUCAGCUUCGAGUGAUGGAAGUGAAAGAGCCGCUGUGCACAGCCAGGCUGCGUGGCCGCGGCCUGAGAGCGCGGGGGUCCGUGCUCGCUUCCCACGGCAGGGCCGGACGGCGGGCUUCCCCCCAGCACCGCACAGAGCUGGCUUCUGCUCUCUGCAGCCCCAGAUCUUUCUGGGUGCUCAUCCGGCACGCUUCUUCCCCCCAGCGCCAAAUACUAUCUUUCCAGCAGGACCCUGAAAGACUGGGAUUGGAUUUGGUGCACAGACCGCGGUAGUCGGGGUGAAGGCAGUUCCUAGAACAAGUCGCUUGGCCUAGAUAAAUGCAGCUCGGUCCCAGGAAGAGCCGAGGGGCUGAUAGCUGAUGGAGGCCGCAUACUUUCCAGCCCACUCACGCGAACAGGGAGCAGCCACCCGGGGUCCCGGAGCCAAGUCUCGCUGGGUGCCUGUUAAACAGUCUUGCUGGAACGCGGCCAGGCGUUCGGUUUAUGUGUCGUCUGCGGCUGCUUUUGUGUUACAGUGGCGGGGCUGGGGAGUUGCAGCAGAGGCCAUUUGGCCCGCCACACUGAAAAUACUGUAUCUAUUAGCUGGCCCUUUACAGAAAAUAUUUGCUGACCCUCGCUCUAGAAGGACCAGGCCCAGAACACCCAUCCGCUCCUUACAAAAGUGGCUCCCCUUCUAGGACUGGUUUUGAAAAAAGCCCAAGGUCUCGUUUGCUAGUCUGUUAGGGAGCGAAGCCUGUCUAGGAGAGGCUUUGAAUAACUGCAAGAACCCCGCAGCUGAGACCCACUGCCAUCUUCUCUCUCUUCCUCUCACUUUUGGUUCUGUCUCUCCUUUCUGCCUUUCUUUUACCCGCUCUGACUCCUGUCCUUGUUGCUAAAUUCUGAUGAGGAUCUGGA